AUGUCCCAAGAAAUAGUCGAUGAAGUCGCUAAAUACCUAACCUCAAAUAUCCCGAUUGUACCAAUUUCUCAAGGUGCAGAAGCAGUAGUCUUCACAACAACAAUCCAUCCAUAUAUACCUUCUUCAAACAAUGAAAAAAAGGAAAAAUUCAUAAUCAAAUAUAGACCAACAAAAAAAUAUAGGCAUCCACUUAUUGACAAAUCAUUAACGAAACAUCGUACUUUGAGUGAAUCUCGUAUACUUAGUAAAUUAUACCAAAUUGAUGGAAUUAAAGUACCCAAAUUGAUUGCUUGUGAUCCAUAUAAUGGUUGUAUAUGGUUGGAAUUCCUUGGAGAAGAUUUACCUAAUGGAUUUGGAUUUAGUAAUUUAAAGAACUUCCUGUGGAUGAAUGCUAAGGAUCCUUAUAAUGAUUGUGUGAAGGAUACUUUGUAUAAAGUCGGGCAACAAAUUGGUCUCUUACAUUGGAAUGAUUAUUGUCAUGGUGAUUUAACAAGUUCAAAUAUCGUUCUUGUGAAGGAUGAAGAUUAUGGAACGAAUUGGAUUCCUCAUUUGAUUGAUUUCGGGUUGGGAUCGACAUCUUCUUUAGUAGAAGAUAAAGGUGUCGAUUUAUACGUCUUGGAAAGAGCCAUCAUUAGCACACAUUCAUCAUUCGCAGAUAAAUACAAUGAAUGGUUGAUUCAAGGAUUCUCUGAUGUGUAUAAGAGCAAGGGGAAACAAGGUAAUAAAAAGCUGAAUGAAGUGUUGAAGAGGUUUGCAGAAGUCAGAUUACGUGGUAGAAAGAGAAGUAUGAUUGGUUGA